AUGUCCAGACCCCCCGACCCCGACCCCGACAUGAUCGAAAUCAGUCGCUGGAGCACCAGCAGCAGCGAGGAAGAAGAGGAGGAGAGCGGCGAAGGACACGAGGCCGGCAGUCGCGGAUCCAAGACUAGCCAGGGCAAAAAUUCCGCCCACGACAGAAACGCUGGCAAGAGAGAUGACAACCCACAGAACGAGGAAGAAGUUAUCUACGAGCUCGACGAAGACGCCAUGUCCCAGCUCCCCGACCACCUCCAAAUCAACAUGCGCGAAAUCCAACAGGAACGCAUGGAGCGUAUUCAUUGCGAAAAUUCCAACGUUCAGAUCCGCAAGAUUAGCGACCAGAAGGAGGUUCGCGCAGAUAACUGGUUCAGGAACAUGUUGUCUCGCUUUCCUUCCCGGCCCAAUAUGGGCUUUCAUGCGAAUCGCGACACCGUGCGUCGCAGGCAUAGCCCUAGUUUGGAUGAUUUGGAAGCGCAUGAGCGUGCUCGUCUUGCGCCCGGCUCUCCGAUGCCUCUGACCAAGGAUAAUCUCGAGUAUUUGACGGAGUGCACUGGUGGUGAGACUAAUGUCAUGUUGGCGGCUGCGACCAGACGCAGGGUUGAAAAGAAGGCUUCGAUCAAGGAUCGUAUCUAUAGUCGCCUGAGCGGCAAGCGUCGUCGCGAGGAGGAGGCUGCUCUAAGGCAUUUGAAAAACAUUGAAAGCCAGGUCCAUGUUGGAAUUCCGCAGUGUUACAGAGAUCUCGUGAAAGAGGAAGAGGAACAAAAUAGACAGCUUUCUGCCCAGAUUGCAGAGGGAAGACACUCAUUGCGCGGCCGUGUCAAGGAGAGUAUGCAGAAGAUGAGCAUGGCCUUCAAGAAAGACUAA